GAGCCAUGGGGACCCCGUGGCAGGACCGAGGAUGCGCCUGGUAUCUCGGCGCCUUCCUGCUGAGCGUCUGCACGGCCAUCGAGAUCCCACUUUCAGUUCAACAGGUUCCGACCAUCACGAAACAGCCCAAAGAGCAAGUGGCUUUCCCCUUUGAUGAAUAUUUUCAAAUUGAAUGUGAAGCUAAAGGAAACCCAGAACCGACGUUCACGUGGACGCGGGACGGCCAGCCGUUUGACCUCUCGGACCCGCGGAUAAUUCUCUCCAACGGCUCCGGGACCUUCAGGAUUCCCAACGAGGGCCACGUGGCGCAGUUCCAGGGGAGGUACCGCUGCUUCGCCUCCAACGCGCUGGGGGUCGCCAUGUCCGAGGAGAUAGAGUUCAUCGUUCCAAAUGUUCCGAAGUUCCCCAAGGAGCAGCUGGAGCCCCUGGAGGUGGAGGAGGGAGACCCCAUCGUCCUCCGGUGCAGCCCCCCCAGCGGGCUGCCCCCGCUCCACAUCUACUGGAUGAACAUGGAGCUGGAGCACAUCCAGCAGGACGAGAGGGUCUACAUGAGCCAGAAGGGGGACCUGUACUUCGCCCACGUGGAGGACCAGGACAGCCGCAGUGACUAUUGCUGCUUUGCCGCCUUCCCCCGGCUCCGGACCAUAGUGCAGAAGAUGCCCAUGAAGCUCACGGUCAACAGCUUAAAGCAUGCUAAUGAGUCCGGUUCAUCCACAGAAACGGGCUCCCCGGCCAACUCCAUCAAGCAGCGGAAGCCCCGGAUGCUGCUGCCCCCGGCCGAGAGUGGCGACUCCUCCCCAGUCACCGUCCUCAAGGGGGAGGCCCUGGUGCUGGAGUGCUUCGCCGAAGGCCUGCCGACCCCGAAGGUGGAGUGGAGUAAACUGGGCGGCGACUUACCGAAGGGAAGAGAAACGAAGGAGAACUACGGCAAGAUGCUGAAGAUCGAGAACGCCUCGUACCAGGACAAGGGGAACUACCGCUGCACGGCCACCAACGCCCUGGGCUCUGCCACGCACGACUUCCACGUCACCGUGGAAGAGCCCCCGCGCUGGACCCGGAGGCCGCAGAGCGCUGUGUACAGCAGCGGCAGCAGUGGGAUCCUGGUGUGCGAGGCAGAGGGAGAGCCGCAGCCCACCAUCACCUGGAGGGUCAACGGCGCCCCCCUGGACAAAAAUCCCUUUGCCAGCGACGUUGUGUCAUCGGGGGAGAUCAGCUUCACGGACCUGCAGCCCAACCACACGGCCGUGUACCAGUGUGAGGCCACCAAUGCCCACGGCACGCUCCUGGCCAGCGCCAACGUGGAUGUCCUAGAUGUCCGCCCGCUGAUCGAGACGGAGGAUGAGGAGAGCUACUCCGCGGUGCUGGGGGCCAGCACGCUCCUGCACUGCCGGCACUUCGCCUCGCCCACGGCCACUGUGACCUGGCAGACGGCAGACGAGGCCGUGCCACUGGGGGGCCCGCGGUUCCAGGUACUGGGCAACGGCAGCCUGCUCAUCGGGAGUGUCCGCGAGGAGGACGCCGGCUCCUACUCCUGCUGGGUGGAGAACGCACAGGGCAAGGCGGCAGUCACGGCCAGCCUGGACGUCAGGAAUGCCACGAGGCUGCAGGUGACCCCACGAGACCCUCGAGUGCCCCGGGCACAGGCGCUGACCCUGCACUGUGCCAGCCAGUGUGACGCCCAUCUCAGGGGCUCGCUGAGGCUGUCCUGGACCCACGAUGGGGAGGCCAUCAGUGACAACAGCACCGGGGACGGCAGGGUGCUCGUGGCCGGGGCCAACCUGACCAUCACCAACGUCACGCUGGCAGACGAGGGCACCUACUCGUGCUGGGUGCACACGGCCCUGGACAGCGCCUCGGACAGCACGCGGGUCACGGUCCUCGACGUGCCCGACCCCCCGGGGCACCUGCACCUGUCAGAGCGGCAGAACAGGAGUGUCCGGCUGAGCUGGCGGGCAGGGGACGCCCACAACAGCCCCAUCCAAGAGUACAUCAUAGAGUUUGAAGGGGACCGAGAAGAGCCCGGCCGCUGGGCGGAGCUGACCCGGGUCCCUGGAGGGGACACCUCGGCACUGCUGCCCUUGGCGCCCUACGUGCGGUACCAGUUCAGGGUGACGGCCGUGAAUGCAGUGGGCCGCAGCGGGCCCAGCCGCCCGUCGGAGCACCACCAGACACCCCCUGCAGCUCCUGACAGGAACCCAAAGAACGUCCAUGUGCAGGCGUCACAGCCCAAGGAGCUGGUCAUCCGGUGGGAGCCCCUGAAGCCCCUGGAGCAGAACGGCCCAGGGCUGGAGUACAGAGUGGCCUGGCGGCCCCAGGGCGCGCCCGUGGAGUGGGAGGAGGAGACGGUCACCAACCACUCGCUGCGCGUGAUGACCUCGGCCGUCUACGCGCCCUACGAGGUCCAGGUCCAGGCCGUGAACCAGCUGGGCGCUGGCCCAGAGCCGCAGGCCGUGACGCUCUACUCGGGGGAAGACUAUCCCGACGCGGCGCCCGUUAUCCACAGCGUGGACGUGGUCAACAGCACGUUGGCGAGAGUGUCCUGGUCCCCGGUGCCCAAGGACCGCGUGCACGGACAGCUGGAGGGCUACCAGGUCAGCUGGUGGAGGACCAGGAGCCUGCUGGAUGGCCGCACGCCCCCCCGGGCAGCGGGCACCCUGAGGUUCCCAGGAGCUCGGACCCACGGCAUGGUGCCCGCCCUGGAGCCCUUCAGCGAGUUCCGGCUGACCGUCCUGGCCUACAACGCCAAGGGCCCGGGCCCCGAGAGCGAGCCCUACGUGUUCCAGACCCCCGAGGGAGUGCCCGAGAAGCCGGCCUUCCUCAAGGUGCUCAAGGUGGACCAAGGCUCCGUCGCGCUCUCCUGGGGGCUCCCCAAGAAGCUGAAUGGGAACCUGACGCGCUACGAGCUCCAGUACCAGAUAAUCAACGGCUCCUCGGAGGUGGGGGAACUGCGGGGGCUCAACCUCACGGCCCGGCCCGCGCCCCACUGGCGACUCUCGGGCCUCCAGGCGGCCACCAAGUACAAGUUCUACCUGCGGGCAUGCACGGCUCGGGGCUGCGGGGCCCCCGCCACGGAGGAGAGCGCCACGCUGGCCGAGGGCGGUAAAAGUAUCGGGAAGAGCUCAGAAGGAGUAAAUAUUACUCAAAAGAGUCACCCAGGAGAGGUAUUUGAGCUGGGAGCCGAACACAUAGUUCGCCUGUUGCCUAAGAACUGGGUUGAUAACAAUAGCAUUUUUGAAGAUGUAAUUGAGUCCAGAGGGAGAGAGUACGCCGGCCUGUACGAGGACAUCUCCACGCAGGGCUGGUUCAUCGGGCUCAUGUGCGCCGUGGCCCUGCUCACGCUCACCCUCCUGACCGUGUGCUUCGUGAAGAGGAACCGAGGCGGGAAGUACUCGGUGAAGGAGAAGGAGGAUCAGCACCCAGACCCCGAGGCCCAGUCGGCCAAGGACGAGACCUUCGGGGAGUACAGUGACAGCGACGAGAAGCCCCUGAAGGGGAGCACACGCUCGCUGCCCCGGGCCCUGCGCGCAGCCGAGAGCGGGGACAGCUUGGCCGAGUAUGGGGACGGCGCCCAGGGCCUGUUCCAGGAGGACGGCUCCUUCAUCGGCGCCUACGCCGGCGCCAAGGACAAGGGCUCGGUGGACAGCACGGCCAGCUCCUCGGCCACCUUCCCCCUCCGGGCCUGAG